CUGAGAUCGAUCAUCGGGAAGGGUGCAGCUACUCGACACCACCGCCGGUUAGCUACUAGAGGUGGCGAAGCCGUGAUGGCUAUCUCUGUGCGCCUUAUGAUCUCAAAGUCUAUUGAAGGUGUGCAGCAGUGGCCAUACAGGGGAGUUGCAGAAGCCCUGGAAGUCGUUCCUAGGACACUGGUCACGAACUCCGGUGCCAGCCCAAUCACUGUACAGCGGUGACAAGAAAGUAACCGGACACUAGCGGAAAUUUCCAUGCACUACAAGUUCAUAAAUGUCUCCAAGCCACCAAUCCAUACUUAAUACUUCAUUCUUAAACCUCCCUUCUCAAUCAACAUUUGAGGCAUACCACCUAUUAUCUUGUAGAUCUUAUUCCAAUUUAAUUAGCCCCAUUCCUCUCUUGCCACUCUAUCUCCUCCUCCUCAGUCCCUGGCUUCAUAUUGUGAUCCGUGGUGGAUGAAUCUUGUUACAACCACACUAUAUACUGCUCGAACCAGACUAGUAUCCACUGUAAAUCUACUUCCAACGCCGUCCGGUUACUUUCUUGUCGCCGCUGUACUCACCCAGUUAUGUGCGAAGUGUGUUGCGAAGGAGCAUACCUGGAGAUUAACGGCGACACCGGUAAUAUUGUUGACUUGAAGGAAUAAGGUGUCAGGGAGCAUGAGGCGGUGAAGUUGCAGAGCAUCAAGACAACUAUU